GACCAUGCAAGUGUGACACCAAGGUGAUCUCAGCCAUUGCAUUUCUUGAAGAAACUACAAAUGGUUUCCUCGAGGACCAGAGACUUGGUAGCGGUGCACAAGAAUAGAGCCACUUGGAAUACACACUGAUUCAGUUGCCACCUGCUCCCCAACUUGGCUGCCGGGUAAGUAGACUGUUUUGGAUGCAACUGCAUAAUUUAAUCUGUUUGUAUGAUCAGAUGUGAUCGCGUUCCAUCCUUAACAGAAGACCGAGCUAGCUGCUCAUUUUCCUUCCACUUCAACCACGCAAGUUCGCAAGCGCCUUCCUCUCUCGGUUGCAGGCCCUUUUCUCAAGGAGAAACAGUAACAUGGACCAUGCAAGUGUGGUGCCCAGUAUAGCAUACCAUUUAUUGGAACAGAUGACAGAUGGUUUCUCCGAGGAUCGGGAACUUGGCAGAGGUACCUACGGAAAAGUCUAUCUGGGAUUGCGUGCGAAUGGGGAGAAGAUUGCUGUGAAGAUGCUUCAUCCCAUUCUAGGACUUGAUGAUGAGCUAUUUGAGAAGGAGUAUCACAACCUUGAAAUUCUCCAACACCAGAAUGUUGUGCGUUUAGUUGGCUAUUGCAAUGAAACUCGGCGGGAAUAUGUGCCAUACAAUGGGAAAAUGGUUCUUGGUGAAGUGACACAUAGGGCGCUUUGCUUCGAGUAUAUGCAAAAUGGAAGCCUUAAUGAUUAUCUCUCUGAUGAAUCUAGUGGACAUGAUUGGCACACACGCUACGCAAUAAUAAAAGGAAUUUCCAAGGGUUUGAAAUACCUUCAUGAGGAACUGGAACCUCCGAUGUUUCAUUUGGACUUAAAACCAGCCAAUGUAUUGCUGGAUGAGAACUGCGUGCCUAAAAUUGGCGAUUUUGGAUUGUCAAGGCUAAUCGAUGAACGAACGCGUAUCACUACAAGUUCUGUAGGAACAAUUGGGUACUUACCGCCGGAAUAUAUAAAUCAUCAUGUAAUUUCUAAUAAAUUGGACAUAUUCAGCUUGGGUGUUAUAAUCAUAAAGAUAAUGGCAGGACCCAUGGGCUACUCAAAAAGUGCUGAAAUAUCUUCCCAACAAUUCAUUGAGCUUGUACAUAGAAAUUGGAGGAAUAGGCUACAUGCAGCAUCAGUGAAUGCACUGGAGUCCUAUUGCAUACAAGUAAAGACGUGCAUUGAAAUGGGUUUAACUUGUGUGGAGGUUGACCGACAUAAAAGGCCGACUAUAGGAAACAUCCUUAAUAAGCUAAACGAGAUAGAAACUGCAAGUCAAUUUCCUGAUGCGUUACUAAAGGACCCUGGGUCAACAAAGAACCAGGAAAGCCAGCAAACUCACAUAACAGAAGCAGAAGAAAAACGGGAGAGAGAAGUGAGCGAAACAGAGAAUUGCUUUGGUGAAGUAGUCGACAACUACAAGUUGGAUAAAAUGGAAAGGUACAUGGGCAAACACAAGACACGGGAGGAUCGAGCACGAGAGGCAUGGAACCUGGUGGACGAGCAUGACAAGGACAACGAAGCUUCUAGGUAUGUCAAGGGUCUGAAGUCCCUGUACGGCAAUGGACAGUCAACGUUGUGCCGUGUGUAUAAUGCGACCGGAGACACCCUCUACCAAGUCGCCAACUACGACUGGUCCGGCCACAUCGGCAGGGCUCCCUACCCAGCUACGAUUGGCAACGGCCAGUGGGCAGCAUUCCAUCACAUCCACCGGGCCGGUGAGUCGUCAGGUUCGGUAGCCGCUGUUGUGUACCGAGGGAAAAAUAAACAUGGCCAAGAAAAGGACUACAUAGUUGCCUGGAGUACCCCAUGUAGUUUCUGGCACCGCAACAAGGCUUAUUGUGGGAUCAGUGAUGUUGACUGGUUUCAAAAGAACUUGGAGCAGCUUAUGUACAUCAUUUCCGAUGCCGAUUAUUCUUCUAGCUACAGAAUGGGCGGCUGUGAGAUAGAAGCAAAAAUUGGCAGAGGUCAUAGCCCUAUGUUUACUGCAAGAAUCAGUUAUCGCUGAUCACACAUCUCCCACAUUGUGCUAGGCUUACUAAGUUCACUUGUUGUGAUUGUGAAACACAUAAUUGUGUCACGUAUUAGUGAGGUACAGGAGGUUGAGUAUUGAACCAGGAUAGCUAGGCUAGGCGCAUGAGAUAUUCUGUUGUAACUACUAGCUAGCUUAUCUCCUAUCUUUCUUGUUUAUCAAGUUGUAUCUCAACCAACUCUUGUACGCGUAUUCCACGCUCGCACCCUGUCUAUUUAACACGCAGAACGUCGCCCUAGAUCGGGUAAGACGUUUCCGCCAGC